GCUCCACCCCCGCGGCCUGGGGUAGGGUGGCGGCUGGCCCAGCUGGGCCCCCGCUGCCCUCAGCUCUGGGCGCUGGGUCGGAGCGGGCCGGGCACUGCGGGGGCAGGGCGAGCGCGGCGGCCCGGGGGCUCGGAGGCGAAGAUGGCGUCAGGCAGGCGAGCCCCGCGCACCGGGCUGCUGGAACUGCGCGCCGGGACAGGCUCGGGGGCUGGCGGCGAGCGGUGGCAGCGGGUGCUGCUCAGUCUAGAGGAGGACGCGCUGACCGUGAGCCCCGCCGACGGCGAGCCCGGACCGGAGCCCGGUGCCCAGCGGGAGCCGGAGCCCGCGCAGCUCAACGGCGCCGCCGAACCUGGCGCCGCGUCCCCGCCGCUGCCGGAGGCGCUGCUGCUCCAGCCGCGUCGCGUGACUGUGCGCAAGGCCGACGCCGGCGGGCUGGGUAUCAGCAUCAAAGGGGGCCGAGAGAACAAGAUGCCUAUUCUUAUCUCCAAGAUCUUCAAGGGCCUGGCAGCUGACCAGACGGAGGCCCUCUUCGUGGGGGAUGCCAUCCUGUCCGUAAAUGGGGAGGACCUUUCCUCUGCCACCCAUGACGAGGCGGUGCAAGUCCUAAAGAAGACAGGCAAAGAGGUGGUGCUGGAGGUCAAGUACAUGAAAGAGGUCUCACCAUAUUUCAAGAACUCUGCCAGCGGGACCUCGGUUGGCUGGGACUCGCCUCCUGCCUCACCCCUUCAGCGGCAGCCUUCCUCCCCUGGCCCCCCACCCCGGGACCUCCGUGAUGCCAAACACAUGUCCUUGAAGAUGGCAUAUGUGUCAAGGAGGUGCACCCCUACAGACCCAGAAACCAGGUAUCUGGAGAUCUGCUCGGCCGAUGGCCGGGACACCCUCUUCCUGAGGGCCAAGGAUGAGGCUAGCGCCAAGUCCUGGGCGGCUGCCAUCCAAGCCCAGGUCAACACGCUGACGCCCCGGGUCAAGGAUGAGCUGCAGGCGCUGCUGUCGGCCACCAGCACAGCCGGGAGUCAGGACAUCAAGCGGAUCGGCUGGCUGACUGAGCAGCUGCCCAGCGGGGGCACGGCACCCACCUUGGCCCUGCUGACCGAAAAGGAGCUGCUCCUCUACAGCUGUCUGCCCCAGACCCGUGAGGCCUUGAGCCGGCCGGCGCGUACUGCCCCCCUUAUCACCACCAGGUGGCCUGAAGCGAGUCUCUGCCCAGUCUGGGCCUUGGUUUCCUCAUCUGUAAAAUGGGGACUUGGAACAGAAGGAUAUGAGGUCGUAUCAGUCACUCACCCAUUGACACCUGCUCUGUCCAACCUGGUGCUGCCUGGUUCAGAUGAAAGACAGUCCCCAGAGGUCUCUGUCCUCAGGGAGGACCCAUCCUGGCUGGUGCACUCAGGCCCCUCCAAGGGCUCGGUGCCCUACGAUGCAGAGCUCUCUUUUGCCCUGCGCACGGGCACGCGCCACGGUGUGGACACUCACCUGUUCAGCGUGGAGUCACCGCAGGAGCUGGCUGCCUGGACCCGCCAGCUGGUGGAUGGCUGUCACCGGGCCGCUGAGGGUGUGCAGGAGGUGUCGACAGCCUGCACGUGGAAUGGCCGUGCCUGCAGCCUCUCCGUGCAUAUUGACAACGGCUUCACGCUGUGGGCGGCGGAGCCAGGUGCGGCCCGAGCUGUGCUGCUGCGUCAGCCCUUUGAGAAGCUGCAGAUGUCCUCGGACGAUGGUGCCAGUCUCCUAUUCCUGGACUUUGGGGGCACUGAAGGCGAGAUUCAGCUGGACCUGCAUUCGUGCCCCAAAACCAUGGUGUUCAUCAUCCACUCCUUCCUCUCGGCCAAGGUCACCCGUCUGGGGCUCUUAGCCUAGAGGUGGUCAGAUGCAUUAGCCCUGAAGAGGGAGUGUCCACCACAUGGCCUGACCUGGCCCUCCGCUGAUUGCCUGCUUGCCGCUGGGCUGAGGGAAGGGAGAGAAGAGCAAGAAGGCGGAGACCCAGCUCAGGACACAGCGGAUCUCACCAGUGAUGGGGGAGUGUCCCUGCAGCUCCCCCCACCCCCACCAGUGCCUUUCGUGGAGAGAGAUUUUGUGUACACAGAAACCAUUCCGAGCCUAGUAUAUGCCCCUUUGGGAAUCCUGGCCCCAGCUAACAACUGCUGGCCUUCCUAGAGGCCCCUAAACUGUCCCCAGAGGCCCCACCUGAAGCUGGAGCUCCCUGGGGCCCAUGGCAAGAGACAGAGAAGCCUUUCAUUCAUUUCUCCCCUCAGGUCCACCACCUUGGGGCAUCAGGUUCUCUUCAUCCUCUCUCUCCUCCUUACUCUUGGAUAAAUAAACAGCCUGUGAGCACAUAUGCA